AUGACGCCCAAACCGAAAGCAAAACCCUCCUCUUACCCCAAGACCAAAGCCAAGAUCAAGGAUCCUCGCACCCUUCAAGCCACUAUGAAGAAGACACCAACCUCCAAAAGAAAGGCCAUUAGGCACCACGCUUGCCGUCUCAACCCACCAUGCAAGCAAGGCCACGGCGGCCCAGCGAAAACUAUAUUGCCGAUCGGCAAGUACUUCUUCAGCGAAGAAGCACUGGAGCACGACUUGGGUGCUCUCAAGAAGGGUGCCGUCUACAAGGGCGACAAGGAGUUCUACAAGCGGGUGAAGGCUUGGUAUAAAGCCGAGGUUGAUCGUUGCAUGCAUCGGAAGUUGGUUGAGAGUGAGGCAGAGAAAGAGAAAGAGGAGAAGGAACUCGAAAAGAUCAUGAUCAGACCGAUGGCCGUCACACGGCCAGUGGCUACCAAGCGCACACUUGCCGCUGCUGCUGACUCCGACGACAUCGAUCUGUCUGACGACCGCUUGACGUCCGAGUCUGUCGAGAGCCCCACGGAGUCUCAAUACUCAGACUUUGAAGAUGACCAUCUUCGGAAGGUUAUCGCCUUGAGGGCGAGCACCCCUAUCCGUCAAAACCCUCAGAAACUUCAAACACCAUCACCUUCCCCAAACAAGUCAACACCAACACGCGUCCAACCUUCCAGGGCAGCCAAGCGCAAAGCCGAGCCACCGUCACUACCACUGACACCAAUUCAAACCCCGAGCCCGAAACGUCAGAAGGUCGCGUCAAGCAUCAAGCACCCGAGCCCCGAACCGAAAGUGGAGGAACCAGGAAAAGAGCCAGCCGAAGAGACCAAAGGCGAUUACAGCCUGUCGAAGCUGGACCUCGAUGAGUUCCAGCCCAGCUACGCUGACCGUGGUGAGAUGGCCGACGGACUAGACGUGGCUUCCUUCAUGAUCAGCGUUGAAAAGGCCGUAGAGACCGCCGUCAGCGAGCUAGUAGCCGCUCGCUUAGGAAACGGAGUGCUUUCUCUAUUUUCUCCGAGGGAAAGUGAUCAAGGUAUUCGGGCAAGAUGGAGGAGGUUUGGCAGUAUCAGCCAAGGCCAAAUCUUGGAAGCGGAAAGCAAGGCUGACGGAGUAUUUAAACCAGCAGGUAACGCGGUGCCGGGGGAAGACUGGCGGCCACCGGUACCUUCGCGUUCUACCCUUGCUACGGUUGAGUUGGGGACAGUGGGAAGGAAGAAGGGUAUAAAGAAAGGGCUGGAACUUCGACUCGCAUCCAGGGAGGGGACACCGGCGCCGGAAGCGGAGAUGGAGCUUAGUCCGACACUUGGUCGGUGGCAGCUUGCGGAUAGGAGAGGUAGUACUUUUUCUGGACCGGCUGGUCCUGGGCGGCCGGGGACUGAGCAACUGGUGAAAGUGGAACUGAAAGUCGACUCGAAAGUAGUAGUGGUGGAUAGGGAGUGUGGUCCUGAGUCAGGAAGUAGAGAUGCAGUGGCCAAAACGCCUGUCGAGGAGUCAAACAAACGAUCGGUGCAAUGUAGGAGCGGCCAUUCCCAAGUUCUCAGGUUCAACCCAUUACUUGCCGUUCUUGCUGGAUCCGACAAGGAGCAUUGCAAGUCCGAGGGGCAGCGGAAGGGGGAAGGGUAUAGGAUUGGCGGGACUUGCAAUCAUGGCAAUGGAUAA